UUGAAAUUCGAGGCUUUAUUAAGGUGACAAUGCCAAAACCCAGCCUGAGAGAGCACGCUGUGGUCCAGUCUAUGGGUCCAGUGUGUUUAACCCAUUUAACCCUCUCUAUGGCUCCAGUGUGUUUAGGUUUAACCCAGUCUGUGUGUCCAGUGUGUUUAAGUUUAACCCAGCCUAUGGUCUAACCUGCCUGACUGACGAGGCUGAAUGCGCGUCUGUGUCGCGCGCUACUGGUGGGCUGUGCGCUGUCACGCGCUGAAGGUGCCACGAAAUGAAGAAAACUCUGUUGCGGAGGGGAAGAGCACUAUUUAUAAGAGCGCGUAUGGGAACAUAGGAGGAAUUGGAUUAAAAGCUCACUCGACUGAAAAUGGCCAGAAACACAUCUCUUUAUUUUAGAAUUGUCGAGGGCAGGAACCUCCCGGCCAAAGACGUCUCCGGAACCAGUGAUCCAUACUGUAUUGUUAAAGUUGACAAUGAAGUUGUGGCCAGGACCGCCACAGUCUGGAAGAACCUUAAUCCUUUCUGGGGUGAAGAGUACACACUGCACCUCCCGAUGGGUUUCCACUCACUCUCCUUUCAGGUCAUGGACGAGGACACAAUCGGACAUGAUGAUGUUAUUGGAAAGAUAACUCUGACCAAAGAUGCCAUCGGAUCCCAAGCUAAAGGAUUAGACAGCUGGGUGAACCUGACGAGGGUGGAUCCAGAUGAAGAAGUCCAGGGAGAGAUCCACCUGAAUCUGCUGCUGCUCAAAGAUGCAGAGAAGAUCAGCCUGAGAUGUCAAGUCAUUGAGGCCAGGGAUUUAGCUCCGAGAGACAUAUCUGGAACCUCUGAUCCAUUUGCACGAGUCAUUUUCAACAACCACAGUGCAGAGACCUCGAUUAUAAAGAAGACCCGUUUCCCUCACUGGGGAGAGACCCUGGAGCUGGAGCUGGACCCACAGGAGCUGAGUGAAGACGGGAGCAUCACUGUGGAGGUCUGGGACUGGGACAUGGUGGGCAAGAAUGACUUCUUGGGAAAGGUGGAGAUACCUUUUGCGUGCUUACUCAAGACACCUCUGUUAGAGGGCUGGUUUCGUUUGCUGCCCUUGGGAAACAAUGAGGUUGAUGCUGGUGGGAAGCUGGGAGCUCUGCGUCUGAAGGUGCGGCUGGUGGAGGACCGGAUCCUGCCAUCUGUGUACUAUCAGCCUCUUAUUCACCUGCUUGUGGAGUCAGUCAUCUCGCCCACAGAGGUGGAGGACAGCAGUGCUCUGACAAUGCUGGAGGAGGUGACCACAGUGGAGAGCCGGCAGGAUGUGUCGAUGACUCUGGUGAAGAUUUACCUGGGUCAGGGCUUGGUGGUGCCAUUUCUGGAUUACCUGAACACCCGGGAGGUCAACCACACCACUGAUCCAAACACUUUAUUUCGCUCCAAUUCACUGUCCUCCAAGGCCAUGGAACAAUUCAUGAAGGCUGUUGGUAUGCUGUAUCUGCAUGAGGUACUGAAGCCGAUCAUCAACCGCAUCUUUGAUGAGAAAAAAUACAUCGAGCUCGACCCCUGCAAGAUCGACCUGAACCGCACCAGACGGAUUUCAUUCAAGGGUGCAGUGUCGGAGGCGGAGGUGCGGGACAGCAGUGUGGAGAUGCUGCAAAGCUACUUAACCAGCAUCAUUGAAUCAAUUGUUGGCUCAGUCGAUCAGUGUCCUCCUGUUAUGAGAGUGGCCUUCAAACAGCUACACAAGAGAGUGGAGGAGCAAUUUGCUGAACCAGAGAAUGAGGACGUGAAGUAUCUUGCCAUCAGUGGAUUCUUUUUCCUGCGUUUUUUCGCCCCUGCAAUCCUCACACCUAAACUGUUCCAGCUGAGGGAUCAACACGCUGAUACCCGUACUAGUAGAACGCUGCUACUAUUAGCCAAGGCAUUACAAAGCGUCGGGAACUUGGGCCUUCAGCUAGGCCAUGGAAAGGAGCAGUGGAUGGCACCUCUUCAUCCAAUCAUCCUGCGCAGCGUGGCCUCCGUCAAAGACUUCUUGGACAAAUUGAUCGACAUAGAUCACGACGUUGUGUCUGAGGUGCCACAAAGAGCUGUGUUUAUGCCCUCAGUCACAGUUAAAGAAGGGUUCUUACAUAAACACAAAACAGAGGGACCCCAGCUGCUGUCCCGCUUCGCCUUUAAGAAACGCUACUUCUGGUUGACCAGUGAGACGCUGUCCUACGCCAAGACCCCUGAGUGGCAGGUGCGCUCCUCGAUCCCCAUUCAGUGUGUGUGUGCAGUGGAGAGGGUUGAUGAAAACGCCUUCCAGCAGCCGAAUGUAAUGCAGGUCAUCACCCAGGACAACGACGGACAGCUGCUCACCAUGUACAUCCAGUGCAAGAAUGUGAAUGAGCUGAACCAGUGGCUGUCAGCAAUCAGGAUCAGCAUCUACAAUGAGCGCAUGCUGCCCUCUUUCCACCCAGGGGCUCAUCGCAGCGGCAAGUGGACCUGCUGCCUUCAAGCAGACCGAGCUGUUAUAGGCUGCAGUAGGACUCACUCAGCGGUGACACUGGGGGACUGGAGUGACCCUCUUGAUCCUGAUGUAGAGACACAGACCAUCUUCAAGCAGCUUCUCCACGGCAGAGACAAACUCAGGAAAAAAUAUCUGGAGGUGCCAGCUGCUGAUCAGACGUCCAGCAACAAAGUAAAGAUCAACACUGACAGACACCCAGGUGGUGCAAGAUCCAAUGUUCAUCAGAUGAAGACAGGUCAGAGUGUUGCUCCUCGGUUGCUAGCAGUGAUAGAUGAUCUGGAGCAGACUCACGCCACAUUCCAGCGCAGAGAAAAAGAGGACUCCACUAGUGUCAUCCUGAAUCCCUAAACUCCACAGAGAGACAAAGACUGGGAUCCACCAACGCCCCUGCAUCUUGUACCGACAUGAGUGAACAUCAGAUGUUGACUCUCUUGAUCGUCAGGGACUAAAAAGUGGCCACAGGGUGAAACCUCCUCCAGCCUUUUAGUACAUUUGCCCCGCUGUAAGAGCAGAGGGAGUUCUGCCACUUUCAAUCUUUUUGUAUUCGCUGAGUGCCACCGACUUCUGCAGCGCCAGGGAGUGAUUAUGAUACUUGAUGAUAAAGGGGGUGGGGGGGACUUUAAAGCAUGAUCUGACUUGAUAUUUUGUAUCUAGAUAACAAGCAAUCCCUUGCAUGGCCUGCACCCACUUGUUGUGAAAUGUGAAAAGAAGCUUUUAUAUUUUGAAAUACUGUACAGGACCACGGUCGCACAUUUUUAUGCAAAAAGCUUGUUGUAGUGUUAUCUUCGUUACAUGAAUGUAAGGUGUUUUGAUAUUGCUUUAUCAGCGUUUUGUAUUUCAAUAAGGUAUUUCAUCACAGUGUAGCGGUGACAUUAAUAUUAUAGGUCAAAACUACCAUGAGUUAAUGAAAAGCUGGUGCACAUGCCACUGCAUAACGCUGCCUGUACAGUGAGCAAAAUGUAAGCUUUUUCAUUGUUGCUUUGGUCCCUUUAUACUAAACAAUGUGCUUUUGUUUUGGGUGCUAUGGCCAGUCAACCUAAAUGUUUCAAUCCAAUGUUAAUAAUUACAUAUUUAAACUGUUCUUACUCUUUGCAGUAGCCAUUCCUGAAGUCAUGAAGGUAAUAUUUACCUUUAUGACUUAAGGAACCAUAUGCAUAAUGAAUCAAUCAUUAACAUUGAUAAGACAAUACAAGUUAAAAUUAUAAGUCUUGAUAAGUUUAUAUUUUCCUACAAAUUUGGUGCCACUAUAUUUGGUUCUUGGGUGUCAGGACACGUAUGAGAUGCCAAAUUAUUGCUGGAAAAUGUGACAAAAUUUUAUUUUAACCGUUCAUAUCACACUUUUUUUUUAGGGGGACAUCUUUUAGACAAAAACUGUACCUUGACAUGCUGUAAAGCCUUUUCUAGUAAAAUAAGUAGUCCCUGUGUCUCCUCCUUAAAUAGAGGUCAGUGAGUGUAAUCAAGAUCAGAUCUGUGAUCUCUCUGAUAACCUUAGCAGACCAACCUGCCUCUGGAGCUGUGUAGAUGAUCCUCUGGUACAGGUACUACCUUUGUUUUUCUCUUAGAAGAUGACCCGUGAAACUUUCUUCCCAUCUUUGAUUUAACUCCUUUGUACACAUGCCAGGCGUUACGAUCAAUAAGCUGCAUUAGAACAGCUUUAUUCAUCCAUCCUUUUGUAUUUUCUGCACACCAAAAUUGAAUUUAUCAUUUAUCAUACAAAAAUUGUAAAACCAGAGUAAACACGUUUCUUGUAAACUCCAAAUUUCCCCAGGUGGGGACUUUUAUUUUGAAGAAAAAAUUAUACUGCCUGUACUUUAUUUUGAAAAAACACCAUGCUGCUUUGCUCCAAGUGAAUUGUAACUGUGAAUUAAACACAACUGUAAAAUUAAGUAAACUCUUAUUUCA